CUUACCAUAUAUAUAACUUGCUGACACCCGUAGUUAUGGGAAAUCUUGAUUAUUGUGCCUAAUCGUGGGCCUACCCCCACCAACAUUCAAUCAGUCACUCCUGUGCCAGCCAAUGAAACGUGGAGAGGGAUGGAGGAAGGAAGGAGCUGCUAGACGGAGCGUUUUGACGCGCUGAGGGGAGGACAGAGCGUCACAUCUCUCCAAACGCCCAUCAAACUUUCAGCACAGCCUGUGGAGAGGACCCAGUCCCCACGAAGAGGCCCGACAGAGACAACGGGGACGCGCUGAUUCAGGACCUCACGGGUGGACAGCAAUGGAGGUUCUUCUAAUGAUGACUUUUCGUUCAGUUUGACUCUCCUGUCAGUCCUCCUUAAAAUAUCCCGUACAAUUUUCGCAUCCUUGUGUCUAUAAAUCGAAGGAUGGAGCAAGAACCGAGUGCACCGAGCCCCCCUCCAAAACCAGUCCACCACGAGCCCAUUAGCUUCGGCAUCGACCAGAUUCUGGGAGGCGGAACGGAGCCGGAGAGCGGGCGCACGCCGAGAAGACUCAGUGGAUCCGAUCUGAGCAGCGGAGACGUUUAUUACAGUUUAGGAAGCCCGGCGGGGGCCAACGCGCCCUCAUACACUGCGCUGUCAAUCUCCCUGUCCGGCAUAAUGCCUCAAGUGGAAGCUUCAGAUUCAUACGGAGAGGGCAGGAGUCUGGGCAGCCGGGGAGUCAUAAGAGUACCAGCCCACAGACCCGUGACAGCGCCGGGACCCCCAGCUCCCGUCCAGAACGCUGUUCCUGGCUUUGGAGGGCUGUGCUUCCCCUGGAUAGGAAACAGGUUCGCAAAAGACAGGAUAUCAGCGGCUCUGGUACCGUUUGCCGUUACGCGUCGGAUAGGACACCCGUAUCAGAACCGGACUCCUCCCAAACGGAAAAAGCCUAGAACCUCUUUUUCCCGAGUCCAGAUCUGCGAGCUGGAGAAACGUUUUCACCGGCAGAAGUACCUGGCCAGCGCCGAGCGGGCAGCUCUGGCUAAGAGUCUGAAGAUGACAGACGCGCAGGUCAAGACCUGGUUUCAGAACCGGAGGACCAAAUGGAGGAGACAGACAGCAGAGGAAAGGGAGGCGGAGCGUCAGCAGGCCAAUCGCCUCAUCCUGCAGCUGCAGCAGUCCGCCCUCCAGAAAUCCCUUAGCGAAUCAGCGGUGUCGGACCCGCUGUGCGCGCACAACUCCUCCCUGUACGCGCUGCAGAACCUCCAACCGUGGGCCGAAGACAGGGAAUGAGGAGCACACGCUUUGACUGCAUGGAGGGCAUAUAAAUGCAAAGAGGACAGUGGGACUUGGUUUCAUUGUUGCUGUAAUGAUGUGGCCACAAAUGGUCACUCCCAUUUAAGUGGGUUCGUGAGAUGGACGUGAAUUGUUGGUGAGUGUGACAGAAAAUUGUUCUGUCCUUCAGAACAAUUUCCCAUCUUAAAAAUGGAUCUCAGACAAACUUGUUAUUAAAUUCCAUGUGAUCCUUUAAAUGUCCUCUGCUUGUUCUUAUUCUUUUUAUUAGAAUAAGAGGACAGGUUGUUCUUCAACUGAGUGUUGCGAUUAAUUCUUCACUAAUACAAAAUCUUUUAUUCUGUGAAAGCUACAGUUGGAGCUGGAAACAAUACUGAUGAAAACCAUCUUCACAGCAGAGUACAUGCUUUGGUGUGUGUUCAUUAUAUUUUAUAUGAAUACUGAAGAAAUUAUCUGGAUCUUUUUCAUUAGUUUGGUGGUUAUAAAUGAAAUCUAAAUUCCACAAAAAUAUAUUUAAGAGAAACCCUGAAAUUCUCUUGCACAUGUUUCCACAAAACCCCUCUCAAAUGAUAGCCAGAGUAAUGCAUUACGUGAAAAAAAUGUUAUUUUGAGCAGUAAAAGAAAUGAAUAAUAAGAUGAAAAUAAGGAAGGCUAUGAUGGGAUUGAUGCAUGUUACUUAAAUUAUUGGUUUUUACAUCAAGGCACAAACUCUUUUUGUAAAAUCUCUGUACAUUUGUAAAUAGAAGUUCAAGAAGUUGUUGUGAUUCUUUUAUGCUCAUCCUCUUUCCGAUGUGCAAAAAAAAUAAAAGUUUUUAAGUUAUGAGGCACAAAUGAAAAAGUGUAUGACGUAACAAUGUUUGAAAGUAGCCAGCAUGAGUUAAUUUCUUGAAAAGUUUAUUGAUAAAUAUAAUGAUUUUAUACAAUAUUUCAAUACACACAUACUUUUAAUUCUGAUGGUUUUAAGUGUCUGUCUGUAUGUCUGUCUACCCAUCUGUCUUUCUGACUGUUGGCUUGUCUGGGUACAAUUAAGAAGAGCUGCAACACAGUUUUUUUUUACUAUUAUUAUCAUUAUUAUUGGUAUAACACAGUGAAUGACAGCAUCAAUUUUAGUUUUGCCCAAUCCUUAGAAUGGCUCUCUUUGAAAACAUGGCUUCCUUUCCUCCAAAUUCAGUGAUAAGGUCUUCUCUCCAGUUUUCAUUCAUCGCCUCCCAGCAUCUGGCUCUCACAGUGAAAUGUUGGUUGCUCUGAGUCGAAUCCCUUUU